AUGGCCUUCAAAAGCGGGUCGUUCGCGACCUUCCUCAUCGUCUGCCCAACCUGCUUCUUCCUGGGCAUUAUCUUUUCCCUUUUCCCCUACGACUACCCAAUCCUCUGGUCAACAAUCACCACCCCAGCCGCCCACUAUGACUAUCUGGAAGCGCACCUCCGCCUCCUAACAAAGCUCUACAAACCCUCCGAGUCAAACAUGCUCUUCGACGGCGCCUCGCUGGUCCUCUACAUGUGCGGCAUCACAGUCUACAUCGCCAACAUCGUCAAGGGUCUGCGCCUUGCCUCGGCUGGCCAGUACGGCGCCGAGCUGGCGACUACCCAGGACGAGAAGGAUCAGAUUCUUGGUCGUGAGGACUCGCUCAAGGUUCUUUCCGCUUCGAAUACCAUCCUUGCCCUUGUGCUUGUUGGUAUUCUUGUUCUGCAGGCUGGUCAGUGGUAUGCGGAGCGCAAGGAUCAGCAGGAGUUUGAGUCGCUUGGUUCGGGGAAGAAGGGGGAGAAGGAGUCGGCUGAUUCGUCUGCUUCGGCUUCGGGGACUUCCACUGCCACUGCUAAGCCUGGUCGUCAGGGUAGUCAGCGCAAGAAGAGUAAUUAA